UCAACGUUAGGCUAAAAUGAAAUCCGACGGUAACUAAGAGCAGGAUUCUAACUGCAAAUCUCGCCGUCCAGUCCAGAUCCGCUAGACCAGAGAACAGAGAGAGAGAGAGAGAGAGAGAGAGAGAUAAAGAUGCCUAGGUGGUUCGAUCCAUGGCCCGUCUUCUUCAAGCGAGAGUUUAACAGGAACUGGCCGUUCCUGGUCGGCUUCGCCGUAACUGGAGCCAUCAUCACCAAGUUCUCUCUCGGCCUUACAGAGGAGGAUGCGAAAAAUUCACCUUUCGUCCAGAGGCACAAGAGGUAA